AGGCCGAACCUCAUCCAUUUGAACCAUUGAUCAUUGAAUUUGAAGCGUGGAAGGGGAAGAAUAGAUUUUUUUCCUUAGCCGAGCUUGGCUUCUUCUUCUUUAUCUGCAAAGUUCAAAGCUUUUGAACAAAGUAAAAAUAAGGAACACAUACCCAGAAGAACCAAACAAGCAAUGUUUAAGGUUACAUUGUAGAUAAAACAAAUAGUUACUUUUGCAUCCAUGGAAGCUUCAAGGAAUUUGCUUUAUUCUCCUCCAACAAUUUCUCCAAGAACCCAACUCAAAAAUUCUGUCUUUUCACCAUCACCUUCUUCAGUUGCGUUGUUUCAUCAUGAGCAAGCGGUCCCUGCUGCGACUUCUAUUCCGAUUACUUCUGUAGCUAGGCAUUUUCCUACAUCAGUUCUCUCACAAGAGCAGCGGGAUGACUAUAGACCACUGCCUGUCUUGCAUUUACUUAAGGAAGAUAAAGCGUACUCGAGAGAGACAGACAAGCUGCAGAUUGGGAAUGGGCCAACACUUCAAGAAGAGAAGGCAUCUGACAACAUUGGCCAGCAGGAAUUUGAACAGCAGUUGCUCCAGUGGCCUGAUUUAAGGCAAUUAUUGGCACUCUUGGAAUUAGGGGAAAAUCCAUCAUCUUCCUUGAAUAUGCUGUCUGUUGCAGCUGAUACCGAGACCAUGACUUUUGAACCAAGUAAUGUAGUUGCCCUUGCUAAGAAAGCAUUGUCAGCUUCUAAAAAAGCUGCAUCAUUGGCUGAGGGCCUCGAAUUAGAACUUGAUGAUUCACUUUCUAAUAGCUUGGGGUCUGUUGAUUCCUUUACUUUGCCCGCUGAGGAGAUAGCGGUUGCAGUUAGGUCAACCAAACGUUUAGAGAGGCAGUCUAAACGAAGGAGGGUGCAACCUAAAGUUGUGAUAUGUGAGACAUACAGUUCACAAAGGAAGGAUGUAAGAAGAAAGUCGAGCGAAGGUUCUGAUCCCAAUGAUCCCCUUCGGUUGUUCUUGUGGGGUCCUGAGACAAAACAACUCUUGACUGCUGAAGAAGAGUCUGAUUUGAUUAUUCAAGUUCAGGAUUUAAAGAGAUUAGCGAAAGUAAAGAGUAAGCUGCAAUCUCAGUUUGGGCGUGAACCAACCUUGGUUGAAUGGGCUGAAGCCAUGGGUCUAAGUUGUUCAGCCUUGCAGGCAGAACUCCAAUCAGGCAAAAGGAGCCGGGAAAAACUGAUCCAUGCGAAUUUGCGCAUGGUGGUUCACAUUGCUAAACAAUAUCAGGGCCGUGGUCUUAGCCUUCAAGAUCUGCUGCAGGAGGGAAGUAUGGGUCUUAUGAAAAGUGUUGAGAAGUUCAAACCACAAGUUGGAUGCCGAUUUGGCACCUAUGCCUACUGGUGGAUAAGACAAACAAUUACAAAGUCUAUACUGCAACAUUCGAGAACCAUCCGUUUGCCGGAGAAUGUAUAUGGCCUAUUGAGCAAAGUGUUGGAUGCAAAGAGAUCGUGCAUUCAAGAAGGAAACCAUUAUCCUUCCAAAGAAGAAUUAGCAAGACGUGUCGGGAUUACAGUUGAGAAGUUGGAUAAGUUACUGCUCUCAACAAGGAUGCCACUUUCUAUGCAACAGCCUGUGUGGGUGGACCAGGAUACCACUUUUCAGGAGGUAACACCAGAUACUGGUAUUGAGAUCCCGGAUGUCAGUGUGGCAAAGCAACUGAUGAGGCAGCAUGUCCGCAACCUUCUAAGCAUUCUGAGUCCGAAAGAAAGGAAGAUAAUCAGGCUAAGAUUCGGUAUUGAAGAAAGUAAACAGAAUUCUCUGUCGGAGAUAGGAAAGAUGUUCAGAUUAUCAAAGGAAAGGGUGCGGCAGUUAGAGAGCCGAGCAUUAUACAAGCUCAAGCAAUGCCUGGUCAAACAAGGUCUUGGUGCAUAUGAAGAUUUGCUUGUUUAGAUAUAGACAGAGACACAUUCUUUAGAUUUUACCGGUUCAUUCAGGGGCAAGAGGUUAAAACGCUCCAAUAUUGUAAUCUAAGAAUGAUGUUUUUUUCUUCUUUCUUUUAGCUAAACAAAUAUAAUAGAUUGUUAUCUCUCCAGUGUUGUCUUAAAUUGAAACUUGGAACCACCGAAGGUUGACAGACUAUAAGGUAAAAAACGUGCUUAAAAUCCAUUUUACAAUUAUGUUAAA